CUUCUUCCAAAUAGACAAGCCUGAUCAGAUGCUGCAUAGUGGCAGGGCAACCGCGGCGAGGGAGCCAUAGCAAGACGUCUCAAACUACAGUGUUUUGGUUUGUUUUUUGUGUACGUCCAUCUAGCACCGUGCGAUCCUACAAGGGUCGGUAUUGUUGACGCCGCACAGUCGCUCCCUCUGAAGGUCCCGAAGUGAACAUCUGAAUCAUCAUCAUUUCUUGGAACCCCCUUUUCUUUCCUUCCGCGUUGUUGCCCAACCGUACUGGUUUGGAGAGGCAGGAGAGCCGUGCGCUGCUUUAAAGACUGCGAUGCACCGCUUAAGGACUUGCGCUGCACGCCUGCGGCCCAUCACGGCCUCACAGACUGCUCAGAGCGCCUCCCAAACACGGCCAGCAGCAGCGGCUUUGUCGCCAAGGACGUCUCAGCACAUCAGGUGCUACACGGCGCCCGUUGCUGCUGAGCCUUUCCUCAAUGGAACAAGUUCGAACUAUGUGGAGGAAAUGUACUAUGCCUGGCUGGAGAAUCCCAAGAGUGUGCACAAGUCUUGGGAUAUCUUCUUCCGCAAUGCUAACGCUGGAGCUCCCCCGGGCACGGCGUACCAGAGUCCUCCCCCGCUGGGCGUGAGCUUGACGGGGCUGUCGCAGGCCCAGGCCCUGGUGGGGGCCCAGCCCAACGUGGAGAAGCUGGUGGAGGAUCACCUGGCCGUCCAGUCCCUCAUCAGGGCAUACCAGAUUCGUGGGCACCACGUUGCCCAGUUGGACCCGCUCGGGAUCAUGGAUGCCGAUCUCGACUCGUGCGUGCCCACCGAUAUUAUCACCUCGUCCGACAAGCUUGGCUUCUACGGUCUGAAUGAGUCGGACCUGGACAAGGUGUUCCGGCUGCCCACCACCACCUUCAUCGGGGGCAGCGAGAGCGCCCUGCCCCUCAGGGAGAUCAUCCGACGCCUGGAGAUGGCAUACUGCCAGCACAUUGGUGUGGAGUUCAUGUUCAUCAACGACCUGGACCAGUGCCAGUGGAUCCGGGAGAAGUUUGAGAAGCCGGGAGUCAUGCAGUUCACCCUGGAGGAGAAGAGGACCCUCUUGGCCCGCAUGGUGCGCUCCACCAGGUUUGAGGAGUUCCUGCAGAGGAAGUGGUCCUCAGAGAAGCGUUUUGGUCUGGAGGGCUCUGAGUCGCUCAUCCCCGCCCUCAAGACCAUCAUCGACAAGUCCAGCGAGGCCGGAGUGGAGAGCGUCAUCAUGGGCAUGCCACACAGGGGUCGCUUGAAUGUGCUGGCCAAUGUGAUCCGCAAGGAGCUGGAGCAGAUCUUCUGCCAAUUCGACUCCAAGCUGGAGGCUGCUGACGAGGGCUCUGGGGAUGUGAAGUACCACCUGGGCAUGUACCAUCGGCGCAUCAAUCGGGUGACGGACCGCAACAUCACGCUGUCCCUGAUGGCCAAUCCCUCCCAUCUGGAGGCCGUGGACCCUGUAGUGCAGGGCAAGUGCAAGGCUGAGCAGUUCUACUGCGGAGACACUCAGGGCAACCGGGUGAUGUCCAUCCUGCUCCACGGAGACGCAGCGUUUGCUGGUCAGGGCAUCGUCUACGAGACCUUCCACUUGAGUGACCUGCCCUCAUACACCACACACGGCACCAUUCACGUGGUGGUCAACAACCAGAUUGGCUUCACGACUGACCCGCGUAUGGCCCGUUCAUCCCCAUACCCGACGGAUGUGGCGCGCGUUGUGAACGCCCCCAUCUUCCACGUGAACGCGGACGACCCCGAGGCCGUCAUGUACGUGUGCAACGUGGCCGCCGAGUGGAGAGCCACCUUCCACAAGGACGUCGUGGUGGAUCUGGUGUCAUACCGGCGUAAUGGGCAUAACGAGAUGGAUGAGCCCAUGUUCACUCAGCCGCUGAUGUACAAGCAGAUCAAGAAGCAGAAGCCGGUGCUGCAGAAGUACGCUGAGAAGCUCAUCGCCGAGGGCGCCGUCACCAGGCAGGAGUACGAGGAGGAGAUCGCUAAGUACGAUAAGAUCUGCGAGGAGGCCCAUGCGCGCUCCAAAGAUGAGAAGAUCCUCCACAUCAAGCACUGGCUGGACUCACCAUGGCCCGAUUUUUUCACCCUGGACGGCCAGCCCAAGAGCAUGAGCUGCCCCUCCACUGGCCUGAGUGAGGAGGAGCUGGCUCACAUCGGCAAGAUCGCCUCCUCUGUCCCCGUAGAGGACUUCACUAUUCACGGAGGUCUGAGCCGCAUCCUGAAGGGCCGUGCUACGAUGGUGGAGAAGCGCACGGUGGACUGGGCCCUGGGGGAGUACAUGGCCUUCGGCUCCCUGCUCAAGGAGGGCAUCCACGUCAGGCUCAGCGGACAGGACGUGGAGAGGGGCACCUUCAGCCACCGGCAUCACGUUCUGCACGACCAGAAUAUGGACAAGAAGAUCUGCAUCCCCAUGAACCACGUGGACCCCAACCAGGCUCCCUACACCGUCUGCAACAGCUCGCUCUCCGAGUACGGCGUGCUGGGCUUUGAGCUGGGUUUCGCCAUGGCCAGCCCCAACGCCCUGAUCCUGUGGGAGGCCCAGUUCGGGGACUUCCACAACACGGCCCAGUGCAUCAUCGACCAGUUCAUCUCCCCCGGCCAGGCCAAGUGGGUACGCCAGAACGGCAUCGUCCUGCUGCUGCCACACGGCAUGGAGGGCAUGGGUCCUGAGCACUCCUCUGCCCGGCCAGAGCGCUUCCUGCAGAUGUGCAACGAUGACCCCGACGUCUUCCCUAACAUCAAAGAGGACUUUGCGACGCAGCAGCUGUAUGACUGCAACUGGAUCGUGGUGAACUGCUCCACUCCUGGCAACUACUUCCACGUGCUGCGCAGGCAGAUCCUGCUGCCCUUCCGCAAGCCGCUCAUUGUGUUCACACCCAAAUCCCUCUUGCGCCACCCGGAGGCCAGGUCCAGCUUUGACGACAUGCUUCCGGGCACACACUACCAGCGCAUCAUCCCAGACAGUGGUCCGGCGUCCCAGAACCCGGCGGGGGUGAAGCGGGUCAUCUUCUGCACAGGCAAGGUCUACUACGAGCUGGCUCGAGAGCGCAAGACCCGCAACAUGGAGGACACGGUCGCCAUCGUUCGCAUCGAGCAGCUGUCUCCGUUCCCCUUUGACCUGGUGAAGGCGGAGACUGAUAAGUAUGCCCAGGCGGACCUGUUGUGGAGUCAGGAGGAGCACAAGAACCAGGGCUACUACGUCUACGUCAAGCCCCGCAUACGCACCACCAUCGACCGCCAGCGACCCGUAUGGUAUGCUGGUCGAGGUCCCGCUGCUGCACCCGCCACUGGUAACAAGAAGACUCACCUGCACGAGCUGGAUCGAUUCCUGGACACCGCCUUCAACCUCAACGCCUUCGAAGGACAGUCCUAGCCCUCCUCCCCCUCCGCUAUACUCUCCCCCAUCCCCAGAACACCUACCCCUCCUGCACAAGCCACUGCAUACCCCCCUGACUACAGCACCCCUCUCCCACCUUCCCACCCCAGCCCUGCAACAUAAAUAUAUAUUAAAUAUAUACAUACGUUUUAUUUAAACGGCCAGAUGCUACUGGAGUUCUUAGGACCGCUUGUCCUAACGGUGUGUCCUUAAAACAAACUGCCCCGAGAGAGCAAUAAAUUCCCAGAUCAUAACAACCACCACCAUCUUCAUACACGGAUACACAACAUUUGAGACACAAACGCAAAACACAAAAGGUGUGCACACACGCCUCAGCAUCACCUCCCCACAUACACACACACACAGACAGACGCACAAGUCGGUAACAACUGCUCCACUUGCACAUCUAGUCUCCUGACUGCCCCAUCUGUGGCCAGUGGUGGGCUAAAUCUAGAAGGUUCACUUGGUCCCUGUAUAGCGUGUGGCUUACUGACAGUGAUGGACAACCUAGAUUCAUUAGUUAUACAAGCCAGUGUCACACACCCCAAAUGACCUGGUUUUACCUGUGCUUAUCGCCUGGCCUCCAUUUCGAUAUAGAUGUAGAAUAUUAUAUGCUGCGUUGACCACCACUUAAUUUCGGAACAAAUGGUUCAAGUUAAAUCACCGCCACAUUUAGCGGGUAUAAGGUUUCCAUCAAUUGGUGAUAUGGUGAUGCACACAUUAACCUGCAGGUGGCGGUGAAACAAAAUCUAUGAAAAACACAAGAUGCCAGACCAAGAUGGCGGUGCCCAACGAAAAGGCUGAAUGCAGCAUCUAGUGCUCUGUAGCUAUGGUUUAAGUACGGCAAUCGCCUGGUUGAAUAUGGACUACGUGCCACUGGGUUGUAACUACGUAAUGAAUCCAGGUUGUCCAUCACUGCUUACUGAUCAGUCAUCUCUGUAUAGUGGCAGAGUGCAUGUUUUAGAUACAGCUCCUCUGAUCCUGGCCUACCCAACUCAAUCCAACAGCACUUCAAAAGGGGACAACGGCACAGUUUGAUAUACCCUCAUCGUAGGCAUGGUUGGACCCUGCUUGGCGCAACCCCUGUAGCUAUACAUAGGAGGUGAUCACUGAAAAGCUAGCUUGACUAAGGUAUUAGCAGGCCUAUGCAUUGGCAUUUGUUGUCCUUUCAGGCCUGUGUGUGGUGGGAGUUUUAGUAUGUUUAUUUUCCAAAUGCAUUCUGGGAGUUAGUGUGCUUCUGUUUGCUUCUGGCCGUGUUUUUUGACCUCAUGACAGCCCUCUCUGGAUAACUCUGCAUUUGUUUAUUUUUUAUUACAAUAAUUAUUAUUAUUAUUGCUAUUUAUGUUAUGACUGUAUACACUUAAGGAGCACUGCAGAAAAAAGAAGGAAAAAAACAUUAUAGAAAAGACGAAAAAAAUGCUAUUUUUGCUAUUUUUAGGGGGACACCUCUUCAGACGCACACUUGAGUCCUCCAAACAGGGGGUUUGUGGCUUAUUUGAUGAGUUGACAGGUUUUACGACGAAAUUAAGAGGAAUGUAUGUAACAAUAAACCUUUUUUUUCAUGUA